AUGGCGGCUCCUUCAGAGGUCACUAUGAAAAAUCUCAGCGGCAUUUGGGUCAUGAGCAAAAAUUUAUCAGACGACUUAGAUCCUUGCCUCGAAAUACAAGGCAUUCCAUGGAUUGUUCGCAAAGCCGUUUCUUGGGCUACCAUAACAGGACGCCUGAAGCAAUUAAGAACUGAAGGUGGCCUGACAACCAUUCACAUCGAUCAGACCGCAACGGGAGGCAUCAAAGGCGAAUCAGAGGAUCAUCAGCUCAAUUGGAUGGAAUUCACGCAUGGUUCGGGCAUGUUUGGAACACAGAAAGUACGCACCCGAUGGACAACAAUCGAUCAAAACUCAGUUAGUGGUGACGGGACUCCACUUGAUCCGUUCCUCACGGCGGAUUGGUUAGAUGAAGAGGGAGACCUUAGCUUUGAGGCCGGUUCUGAUGACGGGAAGCAUGUCCAGGUAUACGUGGUGAGUAGUAAGGGAGGAUGGACAGCGGAGCAGAUCUGGGGAUUUGCAAUGAUAGAAGGAGAGAGAUAUCAUGUCCGCCGGUUUAUUGUCAGAAAGGGCGAAAGAGCAGCGAAAGUGAGAAUGGUAUACGAAUGGAAGGGAAGACUCGAAGAGAGUUGA